GAUCUGAAAUCCCCGGAAAGGAAAAGGGUCAGUUUGGAAGAUCUCUACGGGUGGCCCCCAUCGGUGCAGGAGACUCAUCCAGAAGAUGGAGAAGAACGGAGAAACCAGCACUGUGCAGGAUACUGGGGGAGGGGGAGAAAAAGUCCUUCCGGAAGGUCCAGCCCUGGAGAAAGAGGAGCCAAGAGACCAGAGCAAAGCUGAGAAAGAAGGACCCCCAGGUGAGUCCCCAGAAGUGAAGGACCACCAAGGGAAACCCAAGGAUGAUCAACAGAAACCACUGCACAUCCAACACAGCUUCAGCUGCCCAGCACAAGUCAGCAGCUUAGGAGAUAUUCCAGAAGAGGCCUCGGAAGCCCCCAGCCCCCCCAGUCCCCCAGACCCCGCGGCUGCUUCCCCGCCCGCCCCAGAGCCUAGUGAAAGGACUUUGCCCAAGGAGCCCCUCUCUCCGAUUUCUGAUGCUGACGGAGCCUCUCUGUCCCCAGGAAGCAAAGAUACCACCAGCUCCGAGGAACCGGGGUGUAGCCCCUACCUCACUCCCGAUUUUGGCAAAGAAGACCCCUCUUUGAUCUUGGAUGACACUCCCCCGCCUCCUGCACCCUUCACCCAUCGCAUCGUCACACUGAGGACUGGAGACUUCAAAGAUACUUACAAACUGAACACGAAGGAAAUCCUGGGGGG